UACUAAUAUUAAAUUGGGUUUCUGUAUCAAAACUCAGGAAUAAAUUAUUAAAAUGUCGUUUGAUUUAAAUCAUAAGUUAUGGAUAGCGGCCAACAAAGAAAUUGGACAGUUGAUAAAAAAGCAAAAUAGACUUAAAAAAAUAGAACCUCCUGAGGAAAAAGCGAUUUCAUUUAAAAUAUUUUCGGAACUCUAUGUCUUAUAUGUUGAACUUGUCAAUAAAUUAUGUUUUAUCUACCAACACACCUUUCAAGUGCAAAAACGUACAGUAGUUCGAACAUUGGUCGAGAAUGCAACACAACAAUUAAUGAAGCUGAAGGAAGAGUUAAAGUCAAUGGAACUCAAUGAAUACAUAUAUAUUGACAAAGUCCUAAUCUCAAGAAAAUUAACUCCUCGUGAUUUAAUGAUAUGGAGGUCUCCACAAUUUUUGUAUCGACGUCCGUUAGAUAUUCAAAACAUACUCGCAGAAAAUAAACUAUAUAUGAACGAUGAAGAAAAAGAAAUAAGUGCUGCCAAGGACUGGGAAAAGGUUAGUGAAGCAAUUGAGCUUAUUCAGGCACACGAAAGAGCACGUCGCGCCCGUGUUUAUAAGUCAAAUAUUAAAUAUAAUAAAAAACAAUAUUUGGAAGUGCAACAGAGGAAAAAAGUAAAUUACAGGUUCACAUUUAAGCCAAAUCAAGCAAUGAGUAUUCCGGUUAAAAGAACAAUAUUUAACGCAGACUUUAUAAAAACUGAUGAAGGUUGUAGGGACUUAAGAAUGAGUAUUAACGAAAAUAGAGAUGACUUAGAAGACGAGGAGGAGCAGAUGAAAUUGAAUGAAAUUCGCGAAAAGGCGGCAAGUGUAAUUCAGUCGUGGUGGAGGGCAUACAAAACAAAAAAAAUUUAUAAAAUAAAAAAACAAUUUAAGAGAGAAAUGCUGGGCUUUAAGAAAGUACGGAAAUUAAAAAGGCCGAAUCAGUUUAAAAAUUCAGUACUUGAGAUGUAUAAAAAUGAGCAGCUUAAGGCCAAGCUUGAUGAAGAUUUUCUAAAUUUGAUCAACGAUGAGCGAACUAGGCUGCUACAGUUGCGAUCACCCUGGAUGAUGGAAGAUAUUUCCGAUCAUAUUCGCGCAUGGUUUCAAGAAUUCUAUGAAAAGACUAUGAAUUUUCACGCCUAUCCGGAUCCAAUAAAAAAAGGAACUGUUUUAGUUGUAAUUGAUGAAACUAUGACGCCGUUAGAGUUUCAGGAAACUUUAAAUAAAAAACCUAUGACCAAAGAGGAAAAAAAGAAACAGCAGGACAAGAAAAAAGCGGAAAAAAAGAAACUGAGAGACAAAAUAAAAAAAGAGAAAAUAAAAGAAGCUAAACGAAGAAAAAAAUUAAAAGAUGCUGGAAUCAUCGAUGUUGGUUAUGUUCUGGCGUCAAGCAAACCAAUAGAAAACAUUGAGAAAACCAUCAAGCAGUUUUCAAUUGAUUGGAGAAACAUCGAUGAAUACCUAAACAAAAACCAUGCACCCAUUAAAGAUUGGGUCAUCGCGGACGAAUUGGCUAAGAUACAUCAGGAGUUGCGAGAAUUAGUUGAUGAAUAUAUGCGGGUUGAGUACGAAUUGUUGAGACAAGCUUUGGCGAAAGAUCAAAAGGUUCCUUAUAAGCCCCAGAAAGUCAAGAGAGCAAAGGCGAAAAAGGGUAAAAAGAAGAAGAAGGCAGUCAUUACUGAUGAACGACCGCUCAGUGAAUUGUAUGAGGAACUUAAGGAUGCGGGCAUAAUCGAAACCAUUUCACAUAAAGACUUUGAUGAGUUCAUUGCUGAUUUUAACUUUUUAGCAGACGACUCCAGAGAUGAAGACAACUUAACUACUGUGGGUCCCGCAAAAGCAGAUAUCAAAAUGGUUAUCGAAGAGAGCAUGCUGGGAAUGAGUGAAUUUAAUAUUACUAAGCCCAAGUCAAUUUUAUUGAUUGGCCCACUCAACAGUGGGAAAAAACUAUUGUGCAAUAUAAUUGCUUCCGAAAUAGAUGCUGUUUUCAUAAAUCUUAGUCCUGAAAAAAUUUUUCAAUAUGCGGAUAAUAUGAACAAGUUUCUUGCUCUUGUAAUGAAGGUCGCCAAGGCCUUUCAACCAACUAUUUUAUAUAUUGAGGAAGCUCAUAGAGUCUUUAUCAAAAAAAUUACGCCUGACAUAGCUGACAUAAAUCCUAGGCUGAUUGGUUCCUACAUCAAUAAAAAGAUUUUGAAGCCUAUCAAGCCCUCAGAUAAAAUAAUUCUUCUUGGUACCAGUAAUACACCUUGGGCAGCCAAAGGUGGUCUUAAGAAGGCUUUCCAAACAACGUUACUUAUUCCAAAGUGCGAUUAUGGUACAAGUUUCCUUCUUUGGUUGGAUUUGAUGACUGAAAACGCUCCCGAUGAUAUGGAAAGCUAUGCGUACUCUGCUUUGGCAAAAGUACUGCAAGCAUAUAACUCUGGUGAUAUUACUAACAAUAUAGCCGAGACCUUAAAUGUGGACAGAAAAAUGCGUCUUAAAUCCGAAGCACUAGAUCCAAGAGAAUUUUUAGAACAUUUCCUUUCAGUACAAGAUCCAGCUUUAUUCCCGCCAGAUGCAAAGCUAAUGGACAAAUUUACUAAAUGGUUUGGCAAAUCAAACAAAUUUGAAAAAAUGAGACGCAAGUUCCUUGCGGCAAAGGCAGCAAAACAGAAAAAGAAGUAAAGCCUAAUCCAUAAAUUAAAGAAAUGUUUAAAUUUUAGUAAUACUGUAUCCGAGUUUUAAAUCAAAAU